AUGGAGAGCGCGGUGGAGAUGGGAGCGGAGGCUGCGGGCAGCGCGCUCGGAGCGGGGAUGCGGCUGCGGCAGGACCUGCGCAGGAUCCGCUGCGCGCUGCUGCUCUGCCUGCUGGCCGUGCUGCUGCUCAUGCUGCCCACCGCCUACCUGCUGGUCGGGAACCUGAGAGCGCCCAGCUCCUGCGGCCAGGUCACAGAGGAGAGGGGCUCUCACUUCCUGAAGCAACGAGCAGUGGCUGCUGUUACAGACACGCUUUCCAGUGCAGAGAAGCCACGAGCUCACCUGACAGUGAAGAGGCAGGACCUGGCCAGCGCCGUGGGGAGCCACAUGCCCAUCCUGCAGUGGGAGGACAAGCGAGGCCUGGCCUUCACCAAGAACAACCUGAACUACUCCAGCAACGCCCUGGUGAUCCCCGUGUCCGGAGAUUACUACGUGUACGCCCAGGUCACCUUCCGCGGGCCCGUGGAGAGCAGCCACAAGGCCAGCUCUGUCACUGAGAUCAUCACCAAGGUCACUGACAGCUACCCCGAGCCCACCCAGCUGCUGAUGGGCACCAAGACCCUCAGUGAGAACGGCAAUGGUUGGUUCCAGCCCAUCUACCUGGGCGCUGUGGUCUCCUUGGAGGUGGGAGACAAGCUGAUGGUCAACGUGAGUGACAUCAAGCUGGUGGAUUACACCAAGGAGCACAAAACUUUCUUUGGGGCCUUUCUGCUGUAG